AUGAUCGGUCACCUGCUCGACUAUGACUCCCUUCCAUCGACUGAGUCGAUGUUUUCGACAGGCUCCAUCGCCGCCACGAGCACCUGUAUCCUCCAACUUUCCCAUACUCAAUUCCGUCAUGAAAAUCGAGGAAGAGCAAAUGCCUGCAUUUGA